CGAACUCGCCGUUCCCCACCAUGAUGUUCGUCCUCCACCACGCCCUCCACACCCGGGCUGGCGGCCGCCACCUUCACGUACAUCGGAAUCCACGUCCGAACCAGCCCCUCGCAUGCGGGUGGAUGCUCCCCGUUCUCGGGCGACGAUCCUACGGGGUGGAUUUUUCGGAUUCAGAAGUACUUUGAUUAUUUCCUUACCCUGGAACCCGAACGACUCCAAGUCGUUGCUAUGCUCAUUGAUCAUCCGGCGUCCGAAUGGUUCCACUAUUAUAUGGCCAAUAACUUUGGGGUAUCAUGGGAUGCGUUUUUGCUCGCGGUCCAACAAUGGUUUGAUCCCCACUACUAUGAGAACUAUAUUGGCCUUCUCUCAAAGCUGACUCAAACCACGUCGGUAUUGGAAUAUCAGACAGCUUUUGAGUCCCUACUCAAUAAAGUCUCGGGAGUUCCGGAACCCACAUUAGUCUCCAUGUUCGUCGCAGGGCUCCGCCAACCUAUUCAACGUGAGGUAAAUCUCCGGAAUCCAACGUCACUGCCAGCCGCCUUUGCCUUGGCUCGGGAAUUAUCGGCAUGCCACGCCGAAGCAGCAGCCACCUAUACCCAGGCUCCUCACCGCCAGUGGCCUCCCCGGCCGCCGCCACCGUCCCCCACUUCAGCCGGCCUCUUGCCCACACCUGGGUCGGGUAGCGCCAGUACUGCCCCUCCUCCUCGACCACCGGAUAAGUCCCCACUUUCCCGGUUGCCCGUGGUUCGUGUGACCAACGCCGAGAAGAUCGAACGUUCAAAGAAAGGGCUCUGUUGGUACUGUGAUGAAAAAUGGGAUGCAAGCCAUAAUUGUCGCCGUCGAUUUCUCGUUCUCAUGGGCCCCGAGGAUGACGACGAUGCCAGUGCCAUAACCAGUCCGCCCCCAGACGAGGACGAUACCCCUCUGCUCUCCGGGGAUAUCUCUAGCAUCCUCUCCCUUGCCGGAAGCCCGAGCCCCCGGUCAAUAAAAGUGGCCGGAUCAGUCCACAAUAACGUCGUACAGGUACUCUUGGAUAGUGGGAGCACGCAUAACUUCAUCCAUCCUAGCGUGGCGGAACGUUUGGCAUUGGUUCUUCAUCCGGUCACCCCGUUCCGUGUAUACGUGGGCAACGGUGACUCCCUCCGCUGCUCGUAUUCCUGUCCGCAGACGCCUCUCCUCCUCCAGGGCAACCUCUUCCGUAUUGAUCUCUACCUCCUGGAGAUCCACGGCUCGGACAUCGUCUUUGGCGUCCAGUGGCUUCAAAUGCUUGGAAAAGAUAUUCAGCAUGAAAACACUACAACGAACGACCUACUGGAAUUGCAUGCCGCAAUUACUGUCGGGACAGGCCCUCCCCACUUCUCAGUACACCACGGCCUGCUCUACUUCAAACGCCGGCUAGUUCUUAGUGCGGCCUCCCCCAUUCGGCAGCAGCUCCUACACGAGUAUCACGCCACUCCGUUGGCCGGGCAUCAAGGCGUAGAACGCACAUUCAGACGACUAGCCGACGGGUUUUAUUGGCCAAACAUGCGGGGUGAUGUCUGCCGUUUUGUGGCUUCGUGUGAGGUCUGUCAGACGACAAAAUACUCCACUCGCAAGCCUGCGGGGUUGCUUCAACCCCUGCCCAUCCUAGAUCAGGUGUGGGAGUCUGCCUCCAUGGACUUUAUCACCGGCUUGCUGUUGUCGCGUGGGUUUUUAGUUAUUAUGGUGGUAGUGGAUCGCCUCACCAAGUACGCACAUUUCGGGACUCUGGCCACCGGUUUCGAUGCCCCAAAGGUCGCUCAACUAUUCCUUGACGUUGUGGCCAACCGACACCGCCGCGACCUAUCCUUCAACGUUGGCGACAUGGUCCUUCUCCGUCUGCACCCGUAUCGGCAGCAUUCUUUGGCUCGUCCAGUCUCCGUCAAGCUUGCCCGAAGAUACUAUGGCCCGUUCGAGAUUUUGGAACGCAUUGGGGAAGUUGCUUACCGACUUCGUUUGCCGGAAGGGUGCCACAUCCACGAUGUGUUUCACGUGUCACUACUCAAGCUUUUUGUGCCACGUGACUCCUUGCCACCACCGACCCCUAUUCCGGCUGCCUUCUACAAAGGCCGGCCGCUCUCCGUCCCCGUGGCCGCGGUGGACAGUCGCACUGUUCUGGUUGAUGGACUCGCCCAGGAGCAGUGGUUAGUCCGUUGGUCGGAUGGUUCCGAUGCAGAUGCCACAUGGGAACCGUUGGAGGAUCUUUUGCGCCAUUUCCCCGAUCUUCGCCUUGAGGACAAGGCGAUUCCUAACCCCGGGGGAGUUGAUACGGUCCUCAAUCCCGUCGUAUCACCUGAAGAUGAAGACCACAACCCGUUCGUCUCAGCUGCACCGGGUCGUCCAAAGAGGGUUGUUCGCCCGCCAAGAAAGUAUCAAGAUUAUGUUUAAUUAUUUUCCGUCAUCAUCUUCUUUUAAUUCUUGUAUUUAGAUUUUUCUUAGGUGAGCGUAAUUAUAAGCUCCUUCGAGGGUUUCUUUUCGGUUCUUUACCUCGUCGCUUUUUCUUGAACCGACAGGAUAGAUAACGUAGACUUACUAGGAUU